AUGUCCAAUAACGAUCCUAGCUGCAAUAAUACGAGUCUGUGGCGAGUAUAUCGUUUCCUAGAUCAUGACCUUAUCGACAACGCUCUUUUCCUCCUCGACCGUCUGCACGCGCAGGAUCACAACAACCCCUACUGGAUUCAUCUACGGUCGCUGUGUUGUCUGCGUCUCGACCGCUAUGCUGCAGCGUAUGAAUACAGCCAUGACGAGGCGACCCGUGGCGAGCAUGUUGGCUGCGUGUAUGUUUUCGCCCAGGCGUCUUUGCAGCUCAAGAUGUAUUGCGAAGGCAUUUCUGUACUAGAGAGGGUACUGCGUUCAAGUAUCUCAGAUGGGCCGUGUACGGAGAGAUUUGCCCCCGACGCGGCAGCGAUGCACUGCCUCCUUGGGAAGCUACACCGAGCCAACGGCGAUCUACAAAGGGCAGCUGAUGCCUACGCUCAGGCUUUGCUAGCGAAUCCAUUCAUGUGGGAUGCUUUUACCGAUCUCUGCGAUAGCGGCGUGACUCUUGACUUGUCAAACAUAUUUCGGCCAAGAUCGUCCAACAUUCCCACAAGGGAAACUGCAAUUAUGUCCAUGCCAGCAGAACUAGCUUCUCCAGCUGCUGGUGAAAAGGACGAAACGAUGGAAGAUCCGGCAGACGCAGUUGCCCCCUCUAGAGUAUCUCCUCGGGGAUUUCAGGUGCCAGCGAAGCGAAAACAAGACACAAUGGCUGGUGCUCUCCCCCUCGAGCAAUUCACCUUGCAAUCAGAUGAGCCCAGGUCAACCAGCAUUCUCUCGCCUGAGCGGCGGACUGCACGGCUGAGCCCAUAUCCCCUUCUGACCAAUCGUGGGGGCAUCUACCGCGAUGGGCAGCUGUUUCGUGCCAUGCUCGAGCCGAAGUCCCGCCAGCCGCUUCGCGAAAACCAGCCGACCGCUUCGACUCCGAGAGCCAAACAAGAUACCAAGACAGGAAAAGCCAAAGUGGUGGCACCUAGUCCGAAGAAACCCUCGCGUCCUGCUGUGCUCCAUACCGAGAGUUCAACCGCUCUCUAUGGCACGUUUCUCACGCUAGGCACCGCAUACUAUAACUUAAAGCGCUUCCAGCCCCGCGCAUGUCUUGACGCCCUCGCCACCCUCCCCGUUACGCAGCAGGCCACUCCGUGGGUGUUCGCCAAGACGGGACGGGCGCACUACGAGAUGAUAGCCUAUGUGGACGCCAAAGCCAGCUUCCAAGCCCUGCGCACAGCCUGUCCCUCAUGGACGGAGGACCUCGAGGUGUACGCCGCCGUGUUGUGGCACCUCGAGGACGACGUGAAGCUCUCAUACCAGGCCCACGAACUUGUCGAGACGCAUUACCUAUCUCCGCAGGCGUGGUGCACCGUCGGCUGCGUCUUUUCGCUUCUCAAACGUCGGGAGAAUGCGCUCGCGGCCUUUCUGCGGGCCACACAGCUGCAGCCGCAGCUCGCCCACGCGUACUCAAACCUCGGGCACGAGUAUCACGAUUGUGAGGAGUAUAACGAAGCGAAUAUGGCCUUUCGGCAGGCACUACGUAUCGAUGCACGGCAUUAUAAUGCCUGGGCUGGGCUCGGCCGCGUGCAAGAGCGGCUCGGCGCGCCGCAGCGGGCGCUGCGCUACUACCUCACGGCACAAAAGGUCAAUCCUGAUAACGUAGCAGUGCUGACCAAUAUUGCGAGGGUCUGCGACGACCUGGGCACCCCUGAGCUAGGGCUCAAGUUCAUCCGGCGCGCGGCGCAGGGGCACACUUCCAAGAGACUCGCCGUCUUUACCAAGGUGCAAACCGCAAAGCUCCUCCUCAGGAUGGGUGAGCCGGAAGACGCUGCCGAAGAGCUGAAUACCGCCCUAGCGAUGGCGCCGGAUAACGCCGAAAUACACUUUUUGAUUGGCAAGGCUGUCGUAGCCGCGGGAGGGUCAGACCUCAAUGAAGUGCUGCAACGCUUUACUGUCGCUUUGAGUCUUCGUCCUCAUAGCAGAGUCAUCAAAGAUGCUCUAUCUCGCUUAGGGACUCCAACAAACAAACGUAAGAUCACUCCGUGGAAUACGUAG